AUGGCCGACGUUCUCGAAAUCGACCCCGUGGACGAUGACCUCGGUUACGAUUACGAGACGACAAAGAUCCCCGACAUCAUUGCUCCAGACGAGAUGAUUGAGUCUGGUUACCAGGAGGGGUCUGAACAAAGCUAUGGGGAUCGUAGGGAUUCGAAGGAAGGUUUUGGGGGUGAAGGUGACUCUGACAGUGGCGUGGAUGGGGUGAGCAGUGGCUGUAGUGUAGCCGAUGACUGUCCCGUAGUGUCGAUCAAUGAUGUGGUGGCGUAUUACGAUGACAUUCGUCCGAGGCGGCGGCAUGUACCGCAGCUCAGCUUCUACAACGUGGACAUCGAGCGCCUGGCCAUGGAUGCUCUCGUUCAGGUCAGUCACUAG